AUGGUGGCAUCCGCAUUAACAUCGCUACGCGACUUGUACAGACACGCGUGGUCCUUCCGCGACCCCAGGAUAGACGGAUGGGGUCUAGUGACCGAGGGGCGUCUCAUCUUCCCUGUCCUGGUGGCCUACGUGUACCUGGCCAAGAUCGGCGGACCCCGAUGGAUGAAGCACCGCGAACCGUACAAGCUUCGGCGCGCCAUCCUGGUGUACAACGUGGCGACAGCACUGGCGAACGCCUACUUCUUUUACCGCUACGCCAGACUAACGUACCUGGGCGGAGGCUACAGUUUCUUCUGCCAGGGCCUCAGCAAGGACAAUAGCGAGCAGUCCGUGGAAUUGGCGGCGCUGAGCUGGUGGUACCUGUACGUGCGCAUCGCCGACUUUCUCGACACGUUCUUCUUCGUGGCCCGCAAGAAGUUCUCGCAGAUCUCGGUGCUGCACGUCCUCCAUCACUUCCUCGUGGUGCUGAGCGGCUGGGUGUGGCUAAACUUCGGCUGCGACGGCCAAGGGAUACUGGGACUGCUCAUAAACCAGGUUGUGCACGUAAUCAUGUACACCUACUACUUCUUGGCGGCCCUAGGACCCGCGGUGCGACCGUACCUGUGGUGGAAGAAGUACCUGACCGGCCUCCAGAUUGCGCAGUUCGUAUUUAUUCUCGUGCACAUUUCCAUUCCGAUAUUCUACGACUGCGGCUAUCCAAAGGUGCUGGCCGUAUUUGGCAUCGGCCAGCUCUUGCUCGGUCUUGUACUGUUCAUCAAUUUCUACGUCCAGACGUACAUUUGGAAGAAGGGGGACAAGAAGGAAGCCACCUCAAAUGGUGUCAAAGCCAAGCAAGGCUGA